AUUGGUCAGAUGAAAUGUACCUCAUGUGGCUUUAUUAUAUGGAGCAACGCAGUUCGACGAUAACAGAUGAGCGGGACGCCAACUGACAACAAGAGGAUUUAAAAUCAGUCGGGAUUGAGAAUUAAUUACAAUACAGGUCACUGAGAAGUAAACCAGCAGAUGCAGUAGACGGCUGGCGCCAUGGCCUCAGAUGCAAGUCACAUGUUAGAAGCAGCCUUGGAACAAAUGGAUGAUAUUAUUGCUGGUUCCAAGGCUGCAGUGGAGUUCAGUAACGGGGUGUAUAACCUGGGCUCUCCUGUGAGCGUCGGGCCCCUGCAAGUUCUCCAGCUGGCUGAGGAACUGAGACUGGCACUGGAGCUGCAGGCCAGGGAGGAGGACCGCAACUCACUGCGCUCCCAGCUGCCUUGCACCACCGCGCAGAGCCUCAUGGAGUGGCUGGAGAAAGGAUCGGUUAACCUCCAGUCCUCGAGCAACAAUGAGACCUAUCAAGAACGGCUGGCGAGAUUAGAAGGGGACAAAGAGUCUCUGGUUCUUCAGGUGAGUGUCCUCACUGACCAGGUUGAAGCUCAAGGAGAAAAGAUCAGAGAUCUGGAAAGUUCCCUGGAAGAACACCACCACAAACUCAUUUCCACUGAGGAAAUGCUCCAGCAGGAGCUCCUCAGCCGAACCUCACUGGAAACGCAGAAACUGGAACUGAUGGAUGAAGUUUCCUAUCUGAAACUCAAGCUUGUCGGCAUGGAGGAGGAACACAACCACAUAGAUGAAGAGGACAAACAUCAUAAAGCUGAGAGUGUGGUUAAUCUAAUUAGUGAACUACAGGAGCAGAUGUGUAAAUUCCAGGAGGAAAUCAGCAAUCGCAUUCAGGAGCAGCGGGCCCUCGAGAGCCUGAGGGAUAGUGGCACACGCGAGGCUCUCGACCAGAGCCCUGAUGUGGGCCUUGGUGGCUCGGACGCUGAGGAAUGCAGCUGCCGCUGUAGAAGCGGAGGAGAGAAUGCAUUGCUACAAGAGCUUCGACUUCUUAAGAGCAAAGUUGAAGAACUGGAGGGGGAGAAAUCGCAAUAUGAGAAGAAGCUCAAAGCCACAAAGACUGAGAUUGCCAAACUCCAGCAGCUGCUCGCUACGAAAGAUUCGGAAAUCGAGAGUCUACAGAAUCAGCUUCUGUCCCGAGGAACCGUCAACAAUGACAUCACAGAGAGAGAGGAAGUGUAUAAGAAAAAGCUGAGAGACAAACAUCAAGAGUUACAGAGGUUAAAAACUGGAAUGGAGACGCUGAUAGCUGCCAAUAAUGAAAAGGAUCGCCACAUAGAGGAACUCAAUGUUCUGUUGGGCCAGUACAGGAAACUGAAGGAUGGCUUGGCCCAUUGUCAAGUGACCAACGAUACAUUGCUGUGUGGCAGCAGUGAAGAGGAUCUUAGUGGCAACCGAAAAAUAAAAAAAGCCCUGACCCAUAGAGUGUACUCGGACAUCAUCAGAUCAGAACUACAGAUGUCUUCCCGAGGCCCGUCACCACUCCUGGUCUCUCCUCCAUGUCUACAGAGGGAACUGGACUCCAGCUGUCGCAGUAUACAGCCCUCCAUGGAGACCUCGAUGGUAUCCAUUGGCGAUUUGGGCUUUUACAGCAGACAAUGGUCAAUGCAGCGGAUGCUGUCCACCAGCUUGGAAGAUCUGCAAAGUGGAAGCUUACAGAUGCAUGUAGUGGGCCAACCAGUAGAGGCUGUUUUAGAGAACCGAUAUAAUCAGGAAAAUAACAAAUACCAGACGCUCCCAGGAAAGUUCAGUCGUCCAGAGCAGAAUGGAAUGAGACUGCCAUCGUCUUCCCCACUACAGUUGUCCCCUGAUGAAAGUGAAGACAGUGAAUUCAACCUAAGAAAGACAGAGAAGACAGAUGACUCAACUUUGUCUGACCUUUCGCCAAUGUCGUCUGGAGUAGAAUCAGGUCAGCAGUCACCUGUUUCACCAGAGCACAAGAAGAACCAAAAAGGCAUCCGAAAACUGUGGGGAAAGAUCAGGAGAACACAGUCAGGCAGUCUUCCUGCUGACGGUUCUGAUUCUGACUUCAAGAGAGGGGGUUUCAGAGCCACGGCCGGCCCACGACUCGCCUGCCUGGGCAUUGGUUCUUCAGCAGGUGACAUGAACACCCCCUUCUCGAAAUGGUCAUGUGAUCAGGUGUGUGCAUGGAUGGAGGACUUUGGCCUGGGUCAGUACGUGCAAAUGGCCAGACAGUGGGUGACUAGCGGUCAGACUCUACUCUCUGCCUCCUCGCAGGACAUGGAGAAGGAGCUGGGAAUUAAACAUCCACUACACAGGAAGAAGCUUCAGCUGGGUCUGCGCUCCUUCAGCACCAAACUCACAGAGAAAUCCUCUGAACUCGACCACAUCUGGGUCACACGAUGGCUGGAUGAUAUCGGAUUACCGCAGUACAAAGACCAGUUUAAUGAAGGACGUGUGGAUGGUAGAAUGCUGCAGUACUUGACAGUGAAUGAUCUGCUGUUCCUGAAAGUCACCAGUCAACUGCAUCAUCUCAGCAUCAAGUGUGCUAUCCACGUCCUACAUGUAAACAAGUUCAACCCCAACUGCCUCAAAAGACGACCUGGAGAUGAGAAUAAGACAUCCCCUUCUGAGGUUGUCCAGUGGUCCAAUCACCGUGUGAUGGAGUGGCUCAGAUCGGUUGACCUGGCAGAAUACGCCCCCAACCUGAGAGGCAGCGGAGUGCAUGGAGGACUCAUAAUCUUGGAACCUCGUUUUAACUCGGACACUCUUGCGAUGCUCCUGAACAUUCCUCCCCAGAAGACUCUGUUGAGGAGGCACCUGGCCACUAAUUUCAACACGCUGGUGGGCUCUCAGGCUCAGCAAGAGAAACAAGAUUUCCUGGAAUCAUCAAGCUACACGCCGCUGUCCACCACAGCAAAAGUCCGGCCACGUAAAAUCGGUUUCUCCAGUUUUGGCCACCGUAAGAAGCGCGGUGAUGACUCCACGGACUACAUCUGCCCUCUGGAUGCAUCCCAAGCCCAGGCCCUGCUCAACGGGGCUAACCGGCCCUACAGCGGCUUCAGGGGCCUGAGCCCCAUCUUCGACAGGGACCCAGAGAGGCGGGAGCAGAUUCUGUGUGCUAAAGGAUCAGGGAUGCAGUUCGAGGCCUUAUCCAGGGGAAUUAACAACCUCACAGUAAGCUGAUAUCAAAACCUUUCUUUUUCCUUAUAUUUUUUAACACUGCCGAGACACAAAUUGCAAAACUAAUCUACUGAUACACUUAAAGACCAAAUGAAAGUCACAUUAAAACCAUAUUUUAAUAUUCACAUUUAUUAUCCCUUUCCCCGCCAUUGACAGAAUUUUUCGACAAUCAAUGUUUUCACUGUUAUAUGGUAGAGGGCGCUAUUACACAUCUUCUCAAAGAGUGUGGAAUCUCUGGAUCAAAACACAGGCGAAGAAGCAGCAGAAAUGACAGAAACAUUGGCUUCGUCCGAAAUUGCAUACUCGCUAGUAAUAAGUACUUACUUCAUGACCGCUAAAAAAGUAUGUUCUAUAUAUAGUAUGUCAUCUGAACGUUCUACAUUCGCCAUGCUGUAAUUAUAUCACGUGACCUACCAGCAUCAGUUGCGUCGCUUCACUGCCAAAUCCUCUCCCGUGGCCUCAUGGGAUAGUAAAGUGUCCAUCCUAUGCAGGGAAGUAUUCAAUUUCGGAUGCAGCCAUUGCUUAUGCAUAUGUCAAAUAACAUUAUCAUCACAUUUUAAACAGCUUUUGUUGGUUUAACUUAUUGUAAGCUACCUGCUUGCCUUAAUUUUGAGUUCACUGAAAUUAAAAAUUUGAGUUAAUACAAUGAAGGCAAUUGGUUUAAUCAACAGAAACUCAAAAUAUUAUGUUAUCUGAACCACAUUAAUUAUCUAAGUUGAUUUGACAAAAGAAAAAAUGUUGUGAUAACAAAUCAUGAAAAUAAUUUUUUACAGUGUGGGUGCCAUGAAAGUUUUCUGAAAAUGAUCAAAAAUGUUGGUGGGGAAAGUGCCAAUAUUAUUUUGCUAAA